GCGAUGCUGCGGCUGCGGCUGCCCCGCGUGGGUCGGACCGCCGGGCGGGGCGGGGCCCUGGCAAUGCAAGCCCCCCGCCGCCCCACUGCGCACCGGGGCCCCGCCCCGUGCCAGCCCCGAGGCGACCGGGCCUCCCUGCACCGGGGUAGGCCCCGGCCCGGCCGCUGGUUGUGCUCUCCCGCCCCAGCCUCAAGCAGCUGGGGGGCCCAGCCCCACGUGGUGGAUCUGCGCAGCGACACGGUGACCAGGCCCAGCGUGGCGAUGAGACAGGCUAUGGCCCAGGCCGAGGUGGGGGAUGACGACUAUGGGGAGGACCCAACGGUCAAUGAGCUCCAGCGCUUGGCCGCCCAGCUCCUGGGAAUGGAGGAGGCUUUGUUUGUGCCAACGUCGACCAUGGCAAACCUCAUUGCUGUGAUGUGCCACUGCCAGCGCCGGGGGGCUCAGCUGCUCGUCGGGAGGGAGGCCCAUCUGCACGUCUUCGAACAGGGAGGGGUUGCGCAGGUAGCUGGGGUCCAUUCCCAGGUGCUACAGGAUCUGCCAGAUGGCACCUUGGACCUCGACGAGCUGGAGUCGACAGUCCGUGCGGGCUAUGGCAGCCGGUACCACCCUCGCUCAGUGCUCAUCUGCCUGGAGAACACCCACAGCUCUGCAGGGGGCCGGGUGCUCCCCCUUGCCUACCUCAGGGAGGUGCGCCUGCUUGCUGACCGCUACAAGCUGCGCAUCCACAUGGACGGGGCGCGGCUGAUGAACGCGGCUGUGGCCCAAGGCGUCGCCCCGGCUCAGAUCACCCAGCACUGUGACUCCAUCUCCCUCUGCUUCUCCAAGGGGCUGGGUGCCCCGGCUGGGGCGCUGGUUGCUGGGUGCAGAGAGUUCGUGGCAGAGGCCUGGCGCAUACGGAAGCUGCUUGGUGGAGGGAUGCGCCAGGCUGGAGUGCUGGCGGCAGCUGCCCGCGUAGGGCUGGAGCGCAUGGAGGAGACACUGCAGAGAGACCACAGCAACGCCCACCGCUUCGCCCAAGGCGUCUGGGAGCUUGGCUCGCCCAUCUGCUCCGUCAACCCCUCGGCUGUGGAGACCAACAUGGUGCUGGUGAGGGUGGCUGUGCCCUGGCUGUCCCCUGAGAAGCUGUGCGAGCACAUGCAGGCGGUGAGCGAGGAGGAGGUGGCUGAGACGGGGCAGGCUGUCAGCGUGCGGCUGUUCCCAUGGACCGCGCGCUCCCUGCGGGCCGUCUGGCACUGUGACGUCUCCGCACAGGACACCCAGCUGGCAGCCAACAAGCUGAAAUUUGUGGCCGAGCAGUGCUGGCGGGAGCGAGGUGCUGCACCGGCCCGGCCAGACGCUGCUCACGGCUCCAAACACCCCUGUGGAUGCAGUGCUGCUGCCAGCUGAAUCAGGGCCUUGGCCCCUCUCCCCACAGUGCCUCUGGAGUUACCCCACAAUCGAGUGUGACAACUUGCCAGGGUGCAGCGGGCCUGGGGGCAGGGCUGGGAGCAGCGGGACUCCUGCCCACAGGGAUGUGCGCUAUGGUCCAUGCACACAGGGCACCGUGACCCAACUGCUCUAGGGUUCAAGGGACUGUGGGAGGAUCUACACCCUGCAGCCUGUUGUGAGGAUGCAGGGCUGGACGUGCUGGUGCAGCCUGCUGAGCUCCGUGCCAUUGCUGGCCCAGCAGGUUUGCACCUAUUGGUUGCUGGAGCUGGCAGCUUCCUUCAGGCACUGAAUCCCAUUGUGCCUCCUCGGCCCAUGUGACCCCAUGCCCCCAGAUCGGCGCGGGCUGCCCAUGGGCUCCGGGCGGUUAGUUAUGACCCACAAAGCCCUAAGUGGCCUGCCUGAGGGAUUGACCCUGCCCAUGCUGUGCUAGGCGAGGGGGUGGCUGGCAGGGCAUUCCCCAGGCGGGUACAGAGCCCUUGGCACUUGCUUUGGAGUAGCCCACCUUGGAGGCAUGUGGGGGAGGCUGAAGGGGGCCGGGCUGGGGCAGCCCAUGAUGGAGUCUCUGCAGUUCCUGGUUGAAAGCUCCUGUUCCUGCUGCUGGGCUGCCUGGAGCCUUGCAGAGGCUGCUCUGCUUCCCUACGGCUAAAUAAAGAACAAGCUCCUGGCCUGGCUCAGGGUAUAUUGGCACAGGGCCCCAGCUGUUCUGUGGGGAGAUCCAGCCCCAGAGCGGUCCAGCCACUGGCCUGGGAGCUCUUGGUGACAAGCAUCCAACCUGAGGCAGGGGCCACCGGAGCCCCAGGGCUUCAGGAGCAGCAGUGCAGCGUGGCUGCAGACAUUCAGCUCCUCAGCAGGAGACAGCCCUGCUCCUGGCCUGGCUCCCAGCCUGCACUGCAGAGGAGGGGUCUGGGUGAUGCUCAGCCCGGCUCCUUCCCAGGCAGGGAGAGCCAGCACGUGGGGACACGCAGGGAGGGCAGAGAAGGCAGGACUGCAGCAGCCCCUGGUGCAGAGGGAUGGUUGCCAGGCUGUGCCAGGCGGCGGCCGGGCCUCCAGCUCUUUCGGCCCCCAGGGGUUGUGGUAGCCUGGGAGGGGUGGGAGGCGCCAGCAACAGACAGAUGCUGGCUAUGGAAUCAGAGGAGCCUUUUAU